CCUCUCCUCGGUUUUUGACGGAUGUUUUCAGAGUCCAACAUGUCUCCGGUGAGGUUGCUCGUAUCUUGUCUGCUUUUCCAUGAGACCCUCGCACUGCCAGGGAGUUUUUGGCAUAUCACGGAUUUGCACUGGGAUCCAACCUACAGUCUGACGGACAACCCGGAGCAGGUGUGCGCGUCCAGUGGCAAACGACCCGCGUUACGUGCUGGUAAAUUUGGGGACUACGUUUGUGACUCGCCAUGGCAACUCAUCAACUCCUCUGUUUACGCUAUGAAGCGCAUCCUACCGAAUCCAGACUUCAUUGUAUGGACAGGGGACGACACACCACAUGUACCUAAUGAGGAUCUAGGAGAGGAGGCUGUGGUCAGCAUUAUCGGCAACCUUACAAAUAUCAUAACUGAAGCGUUUCCAAAUACUAAGGUGUACUCGGCCCUGGGUAACCACGAUUACCAUCCCAAGAGCCAGCUUCCUCCAGGCCCGAACUCCAUCUAUGACAGAACAGCAGAAAUGUGGCAUAGCUGGUUGGAUUCAGGCUCCAAAGAAACAUUUAAAAAAGGUGGAUAUUACACAGAAAAGUUGCUGCACCGCAAUGGUUUUARGAUGCUGGUCCUCAACACUAACCUCUACUAUGACCAGAACAAGUUGACUGUGGAUAUGGAUGACCCAGCGGGCCAGUUUAGCUGGAUGGAUCAGACUCUUACGAAGGCAGCCAACAACAAGGAGAAGGUGUACAUCAUUGGCCAUGUUCCCCCAGGUUUCUUUGAGAAAAAAAGAAGCAAGCCCUGGUUCACCUCAAAGUUCAACAAGCAAUAUUUGGAUCUGAUAAAGAAGCAUCAUUCCAUCAUUGCUGGACAGUUCUUUGGCCAUCAUCACACGGACAGUUUCCGCAUGUUCUACAACACAGAAGGUUUGCCCAUCAGUACAAUGUUUCUCAGCCCAGGGGUCACACCAUGGGAAACAACACUUCCUGGAGUUGUGGAUGGAGCUAACAACCCUGGGAUUCGUGUUUUUGAAUACGACACAAAAACACUUCUAGUGAGCGAUGUGGUGACAUAUUAUCUGAACCUCACUCGCGCUAAUGCAGUCACAGAGCAGUGGGAGAAAGAGUACCGCCUCACAGAGAGUUUCCGAGUACCAGACGCCUCUCCAGCCUCCAUGCACCGGGUUCUGGAGCAAAUAGCUGCCGAGCGCUGCUACCUGCAGAAGUACUAUGACUUCAACUCUGUCAGCUACGACCUGACAGACUGCGACAGCGACUGCCGUGUCGACCAUGUUUGUGCCGCAAGAGAAAUAGACUUUGACAGGUAUGAGCAGUGUUUGGUCAAAGAAGGAGUGACUUCCAUAAACGGUGGGCUGCUGCUGGUGGUCCUCUCCGUGGCUGUGAGCAUCGCGGCCGCUGGUUGGUAGAGAUGUGUAAAACUUAAAAAAAAUAAACAAAAAAUAAAUAAUAAAAAAGGAAGAUGGACAACUUUACCAAAGCAUAUACAUAUGGGAAGAAGACACUCCACCUUUGACAUUUACAUUGUUUGAAAGUGAAACUUUUACAUCUACAUGUCACACAAAAGGGCGACUGAUUUCAGUUCCUUGACAAAUUCGUCAACAGUAAUGUCCCUUUUUAGAUUUAUUUUAUUUUAUUUUUGUCCUGUAUUUUCAGUAUUUACAUCUAAUCUGAUCUAAUCUGAUCUGAUCACUCAUUCAUGUCAUGCAUUAAAUGUAAUUGACUGAAAACCCCAAAGACUUUGGUUUCAUCAAUCAAUGAUGCAGCUUUUUCACUGGUUUUUAUCACUUUAUAUUUGGCCAGUUUAAAAAUUAUUAUUUUUUUUGUUCAUAYAACCCAACAAACUAAGCUGUAAUUAGUUGUAAUAUUAUAUACUAAAUACAUUCAUUCAUAAAUCCAUCCAUUGUUAGAGCAGUUAGGUUCACCCUGAACAGGUUCCAAACCAUCACAUGGCCCAUAUUAAAUCCUGUCUUUGGUUAAAUGCUUAUGUCAAACUACUUUAUUUGUUUAGUAAAUCUACUGACAGACUAACUGUAUGAACUGUAUUCUAAAUGAAACAAUAAAUGAGUAAAUACUUUUUUACAAUA